AGCCCUUUUAAAGAGCUUCUGUCACAUGAAAGGUUGAGAGUGUUAGUGACAUGGCGCAAGCCGUUCGCAUUUGCUUGGCGCUACUGCCCUUCGCAAGUGCUUCUUGCAUUCUCGGAUCAAGAGAUGAGUGUGGUGGAAAUGGAGUUUGCGUCUCUGACAGCUUUUUCGACAACGACCCCUUUUUCAACCAAUGUGAGUGUGACUUCUGUUGGAGUGGCGCGGGAAGUUGCGAUCAGAACAUUUGCAUCUUCCUCAUGAUCCCCGUGGUCUUUGUUGUUUGCAUUUGCUGUGCCUUCUGCAUCUGCUGUUGUUGCAUCGGCGGCACCAUGCGGACCAUGUGGAAGACCCAACCACAGGCCGUGCCGCCGGUGGUGGUUGGACCCGCCGCAUAUGUGGAUCCGACUCCGCCGUCCAUGGUGGUGGUGGAAGCGAAGGUGGUCGAGCCAGCAGCCCCUGUCGUGGUAGGAGCCACUGCGGUGAACGAAACCAAUGCCGCCUAGAGACACGGAGGGCGUGUGGGGCCAAGCCAAUGCCGCCUAGAGACACGGAGGGUGUGGGGGGGGGGCCAAGGUGGUUUGCCCAUGUUUGCCCUAGAGACACGGAGGGUGGAUAGCCUUUGAGGCCGUUGUAUAGUCAGCAUAGUGGCCUCCAAUACAUAAAAG